AUGGAAUCUACCAGUGAAAGACAAGAAUUGCAUCCAGAUGAAUCCAAUGGCUUGAUACCCCAACCUAAUCAUCAACAACAAACUCCUCAUCUUUGUAAUUUACUGAAACAAGAUAAAAUUGAUAAGAUUAUUGAAUUGAAAUAUAAGAUUGAUUCAUUAAUUAAUAAUAUUAGAGAUUCUAAAAGUGUAUGUGAUAAAUAUGAUAAUGAAAUUCAAUACUUUCAAGAAUAUAUUGGUGGUUUAAUGAAAAAGUAG